CGCGGGUUUCCUGCGUAUCCCAUAUAUGGAAACCGGCUACGCGGCAACAUAUUUGCAUUUCAAGGGAAAAACUUCGAUAGAGAAACAUGGCUAAAGUGGAUAGCAUGGACAGGAUUACUUUAUUUGAUGCUGAUGUUUUGAAAGAGAUUGACUACAGCAAGGGGGACUGCAAGAUGAAUCAAUAUGGCUUGUCAUGUGAGAGUCCAGGGGAGGACUUAAGAUUGCGACCGUUAGCUAGUGAUGAUUAUGACAAAGGUUUUAUGGAUCUUUUAUCACAACUAACAAAAAUUGGAAAUGUAACAGAGGAGAAAUUCCUUAAGCGUUUUAAUGCCAUGCGAGAUCAUCAUGGAACCUACUAUAUCAUUGUGGUGGAGAACACCAAGGCCGAUAAGAUACUCGCAAGUGGGUCAUUGAUUGUGGAACAAAAGUUUAUUCACGAAAUAGCUCUGCGGGGAAGAAUUGAGGACAUAGUCGUGGAUGACAGUUGCAGAGGACGACGAAUUGGGCAAUUGAUUGUUGAAACUCUGUUGCUACUUAGUGAGAAACUAGGCUGUUACAAGACAAGUCUAGAGUGUCGUGACCCUCUUCUUGGCUUUUACAAGAAGUUUGGGUUUCAAGAGGAGAAGGACCAAAAUCAUCUGAUAAAAAGGUUUUUCCAUUGAUAAUCAGAUAGCUUCAGUAGUUAGGCUAAAUAGAUGCAAGGCUGUAAAGUUGUAAAUAAUUGAGAUCACCAAGUACAGAUAACAUCCUAAAAGGUUGCUACAGAAGUGGUUUCUCGUGAUUAGUGGCCUGUGUUUGUAAGUUUUAAAUUAGUUCUCCUUGAGAGGAAUACUGACAAACCAGGCAACUGUAGAGAGGACUAAUGCUAGGAGGUCUGUGCCACAUACUAGCAGUUCCUUUUAUACCUUAAGUUGAACUUAUGAGGGCUCAAGAAAGACUGCAAAUAAUGCUAUUUAUGGAUGGUGAUAUUAAGGUUACCAUAGAUACUGUGAAGAGCACAAGGGGAAUGUAUCUCUACCCUAACCUUUUUUUCCUAUUGAACAAUCAUUUAUCUUAGAAUUUUUGCUUAUGAAAAUAGUGGUUAUGAAUUGGGUCAUUGAAGGAUUAUCAUAAAUAAUAUCCUUUUUCCAUGUGAGGUGACUGUACGGCCUCCUCAGCAGCAAUUGCUGGCUUGUGCCUACUUAUUACAGGAGUUAUCAUACAGGUAAAUAUUAUUAUCAUUUAAUAAAGCAAAUUAUGCUGCUAAAUGCACAAUUGUAAUGUAUAUAUAUUUAUUAAGGGGGUUUUAAGGUAUUUUUGAGAAUCAGUUUUAACUUGCUACACUUGAAAACAGUAUGAUUUUCAAACAUCAAUAAAAGUUAGAUAAAUUUGUACCCUAAGAGACUUUGUGCAAAUAAAAAAAACUGUAACAUUUUCAAGAAAAGCCUUCAAAAAAAGUCAUUUUAAUGGAUUUGAUGGCCAUUGUGAUAACCAUUGUGCUGGCAGAGAGAUAUCAGUAGUUACAUGUGAAGCGCUUCAAAGAGGAAAUACAAUGUAUUCAAAUUGAGCAAAAUAUAAACAAAACAAAGGUUUUUUUGAUA